AUGUACUUCUCCAACGUUGUUGUCGGGUUUCUAGCAGCUCAGGCCCUGUCAGGCGACAGAAGGCCGAGCCCAGCACUGGCUGGAAAAUAUGCAGCUUUGAUGGCUGCUGCAGCUCUGCCAGUUUCUGGCGCACCCAUCAUUGGUCUUAUUGAACCACGAUCACCGCGCCAUCGACGAGAUCUACGGAUCCUAGGGAACAAAGCGCAACAGAACCAGGAUGAUCAAGAACAAGACAACCAAAAUGACGAGAACGAUGCCGAGGACGACCAGGAUGAAGAAGCCGCUCAAGAUGCCCAGGAUGGUCAAGCUGGACAAGAUGGUCAGGGCAACAAGGGACAGAAGGGGAACCAAGGGAACCAGGGUCAAGAUGAUCAGGGUAAAGACAACCAAGGGAACGAUGGUCAAAACAACAACGGCAACGGCCAAGGUAAUAAUGAUCAAGACAACCAGAACGGCGGAGGCAACCAGAACGAUGACGCCAACACGACUACCGAGGCUGCCGCUGGUGAGACGACUGCUGCCGCCGAUACCCAAGCUGCUGUUGAUACCGCUGCCGAGAACGGAGCCGUCACCGAAACUGGCGCUGCUGUCGAGACCGACGCUGCGAAUGGAACUGCCGCUGCCACUGAGACGCUUGUCACAGAGACCGCUGCCACCGAGACCGCUGCCGCAACCGAAACUGCCGCUGCUACACAGACCAAUGAUGCUUCCAACGGUUGCAACGCUGGCAGGAAGCAUAAGAACAAGAACAAGGGAAACAAUCAGGAUAAUGGUAACGCGAACGAUAACGGAAAUGACAACCAGGGAAACAAUGGUAAUGCGAACGAGAACAAUGGAGAUGCCGCCAACGACGGUGCUGCGAAUGGAGACGCUGCCAACGACGGAGCUGCUAACGGCGGCGCUGCCAACGAUGGAGCCGGUCAGGAUGAUGCUGCCAACGGCGGAAAUGCCCAUGACGGUGCAGCUAAUGAUGGUGCUGCGAACGGCGACGCUGCUAAGGACGGAGCUGCCAACGGAGAUGCUGCCAACGACGGAGCUGCUAACGGCGGCGCUGCCAACGGAGAUGCUGCAAACGACGGUGCUGCAAAUGGUGACGCAGCCAACGAUGGCGCGGCCGAGGAUGAUGCCGCUCAAGAUGGUGCUGCCGAUGCAGGCAACGCUCACAAAGGCGCAGCCAACGGCGACGACGCAGCCGCAGACCAACAGGGCGGUAUGAAAGAGAACGCCGGUGACAAUGCUGCUCAAGACGGAAACGACGCCGCUAAUGGCGGUGCCAACGGCGACAAGGCUGCUGAGGAUGGAGCUGCUGCUGGUGCCGAUAAGGGCAACGCUGCUUGCAAGGGGAAGCGUGGUCUCGUCGAAAACCUUCUCCAGAAACUCCAGGGAGGUGGUGCUGCGGAUGCUGAAUGUAACUAG